AUGGGGAGCCAGCUUUAUACGACGGCGUUUCUCCUCCACUUAGCCACCUUACUCUUCAUUUUCCGGACAAUCUCAGCCGUCCGUUUCACACCGGGACCAACACCAACCAGCGACCUAGAUUUCAUCCGUACGAGCUGCAACGAAACGCUCUACCCAGACGUGUGUUUCACGUCACUAUCUGGCUACGCCUCCGCCGUGCAAGAUAAUCCGGCGAGGCUUGCUAAACUCGCAAUCGGCGUCUCCCUUUCCCGCGCAAAAUCCACAGCGGCCUACCUCUCCAAACUGUCACGCGCCACCGCCUCGGCCUCCGCAGCCGUCCACGAUUGCGUAUCCAACGUGGGAGACGCCGUGGAGCAGAUGCGUGGCUCACUCCAGCAGCUCCGAGAGAUGAACCACCGUCGUCCCGGAGCUCCAACGUUUAGGUUUCAGAUGAGUAACGUGCAGACGUGGAUGAGCGCGGCGUUGACGGACGAGGAGACGUGUACCGAUGGGAUGACGGAGGAGAUGGAAGACGGAGAGACGAAAACAGCAGUUUGCGAGAGAGUCGCCGACGUCAAGAGGUUCACGAGUAAUGCGCUUGCUCUGGUUAACACGUACGCCAAUAAUGGAGCCUAG